AUGAAGACCGAUUUCAAGCUUCUGAACCUCCUUGGUACUGUUUAUAGACAGGGUAACUUGGUCUACAGCGAGGGAGGCACUAGGCUUCUCAGUCCGGUCGGAAACCGAGUCACCAGCUUCGACUUGGUGAAUAACCGGUCCUUCACCUACAAUUAUGAGCAUAGAAGAAACAUCGUUAGAAUUGCAUUGAACCGCCAAGGGACGUUGAUGAUCACAGUCGACGAGACUGGAAGAGCCAUCCUAGUCAACGCGGUUGCCCGUACCGUUUUACAUCAUUUCAAUUUCCUGGAUACCGUUCAGGACAUCAGCUUCAGUCCCGAUGGCCAGUACUUUGCCAUCGCCUGUGGCCGCUUCGUACAGGUGUGGAAGACCCCCGAUGUUGGCGAGGACCGCCAGUUUGCACCAUUUGUGCGCCACAGAGUCUAUGCGGGCCACUUUGCCGACGUGACGUCCGUGACAUGGUCGGAAGACUCGAGAUUUUUCAUCUCCACCUCCAAAGAUAUGACCUCAAGAAUUUUUUCAUUGCACUCCGACGAGAAGGACGUGGCCAUGACGUUGGCAGGACACAGGGACUAUGUCAUCAAAGCAUUUUUCAACGACACCCAAGAAAUCAUAUAUACCUUGAGCAAGGACGGAGCAUUAUUCAGGUGGGAGUACACAGCCAAGCCAGCCGAGGACGAGGACGAAGAGAUGGACGAAGACGAGGAUGAGCGUCCCAUGAGCUGGAGAAUCACCGCAAAGAACUUCUUCCAUGCCGACACCAAGGUCAAGUGUGCCGAUUUCCACGCCAAAAGCAACAUGUUGGUGGUGGGGUUCUACAACGGAGAGUUCCGGCUCUACGAGUUGCCGGAGUUCACCAUGAUACAGCAGCUCAGCAUGGGCCAGAAUGCAGUGGACACCGUCAGCAUCAACGAGAGUGGUGAGUGGUUGGCGUUCGGAUCGGGACGUCUCGGCCAGUUGUUGGUAUACGAGUGGCAGUCCGAGUCGUACGUGUUGAAACAGCAGGGCUACUUUGACAGGCCCAACGCAUUGUGCUACUCGCCAGACGGGUCGCGGUUGGUGACAGCCUCCGACGACGGCAAAAUCAAGGUGUGGGACGUCAGCAGCGGCUUCUGCUUGUGUACGUUCAGCGAGCACCAGGGAGCCGUCACAGGAGUGCAGUUUGCCAAACGAGGCCAGGUGUUGUUCUCCAGUUCCAUGGACGGAACCGUACGUGCGUGGGACAUGAUUCGGUUCCGUAACUUCAGAACGUUCACUGCCGACAAACGGCUCCAGUUCAACACUUUGGCGGUGGACCCCAGUGGUGAAGUAGUGGUGGCAGGCUCGCAAGAUUCGUUCGAGAUCUACGUGUGGUCGGUGCAAACUGCCCAGUUGUUGGACAGCUUGACUGGACACGAAGGGCCAGUGUCGUGCUUGGCGUUCGGCAGCGAAAAUUCGGUGUUGGCGUCGGCGUCAUGGGACAGUACGGUCAGGGUGUGGAACAUUUUCGGACGCACCCAGACGGUGGAGCCCAUCGAGGUGACCAGUGACGUGUUGAGCUUGGCCAUGAGGCCAGACUCCAAGGAGUUGGCUGUCAGCACCUUGGACGGACAUGUGGCCAUUUACGAUGUCGAGGACGCUCGUCAGUUGCAUCUCAUUGACGGACGCAAGGACAUCCGUGCAGGGAGAUACUUAGAGGACCGUUUUGCGUCCUCCAACGCUGCGCGCUCCAAGCACUUCACCACCGUGUCGUACUCCCGCGACGGUACGGCGUUGGUGGCAGCAGGCAACAACAACACCAUCUGCAUGUACGACGUGGCCAACGAGGUGUUGGUCAAGCGGUUCACAGUGUCGCAGAACCUCACGUUGGACGGAACUCAGCAGAUGUUGAACAGCAGCAAGAUCACAUCAGCAGGAACCUCCAUCGACGCAGUGGACCGCGACGGUGAGAACCUGGACCGCGAGGACCGCGAGGACCUGGCCCUCCCAGGGUCCCAGCGGGGCGACCCGCUGGUACGCAGUGUACGCGCAGCGGUAGGAGUCACCGCCGUGGAAUUUUCGCCCACCCUGGCAGCAUUUGCAGCCGCCACGGUGUCGGAGGGAUUGUUGAUCUUCUCGAUCGCCCAAGACGUGGUAUUCGAUCCGUUCGACUUGGACGUUGACAUUACGCCUGCUGCUACCGUGGAGGUGUUGCGCGAGCAGGAAUACUUGACGGCAUUGGUGAUGGCGUUCCGGUUGAAUGAGAGAUGGUUGGUCCAGAAAGUCUACGAGGCAGUGCCGUUGGGUGACGUGCAGUUGGUAUGCACGUCACUCCCGCAGGUGUAUGUGCAGAGACUUCUUCUGUACAUUGGCGAAAGCUUAGUCAGAGAUGACAGCGCCCACAUGGAGUACCACUUGGUGUGGGUGCGCCGUUUGUUGGCCGCCCACGGCCGCUACAUUAGCGACCACAAGCAAGAAUUCGGAUGUCUCAAGUUAAUCCAGAGGUUUUUGAGCCGGGUAGGAAAGGACGUGGUGAGCGUGGGGCGCAGGAACGGACACGUUUUGCGGUACUUAGAGGGCGUGGAGGCCGAGGAGGGGGAAGAGGAAGACGAAGAGGAAGUGGAUGAGGAUGAAGAUGAGGACCUCGAUGCGGACGACUCCGAUGAGGGCGAGUGGAUUGCCCCCAAGAAGAACCAGGCUCCGUUUUAG